AUGUGGGGGCUCCUGUUCGCCCUGGCAGCAUGCGCCCCUCUUGUCGGCACGGGUCUGGGGGCACCCAGCGACGCAGUUUUGAAUCUUGCGCCGCCUGCGACCACCGAGGCCUCGAUCUCAACCUCGACCCCACGAAGCAGCCCGGCGCAGUCACUCAUGAAGAACGUGAACGGAACCACACGACAGCGUGUCCGGAUGCGUGUCAUAAAGAAGAAAAAGAUCAUCACGAGGAAGCGUAAGAAGAUAACUAGCCCUAUGCCUCCAGUGACCACCAAUCCUGCAAGGAUCCUUAACUUCCCGAAGGAGCCAAAACCAGACUGUCCCCCUUUGGGCCUGGAGUCCUUGCGAGUUUCAGAUAGCCAACUUGAGGCAUCUAGCAGCCAGUCCUUUGGUCUUGGACCACACCGAGGACGACUCAACCUCCAGUCAGGCCUGGAAGAUGGUGAUCUGUAUGAUGGGGCCUGGUGUGCUGAGCAGCAAGAUGCUGAACCGUGGCUUCAGGUGGAUGCUGGGCACCCCACUCGCUUCUCAGGUGUCAUCACACAGGGCAGGAACUCUAUUUGGAGGUAUGACUGGGUCACAUCAUACAAGGUCCAGUUCAGCAACGAUAGUCGGAGCUGGUGGGGGAGCAGGAACCACAGCAGUGGGAUGGACGCAAUAUUUCCAGCCAAUUGGGACCAAGAGACCCCAGUGCUGAACCUCCUGCCAGAUCCCCAGGUGGCCCGUUACAUUCGCCUGCUGCCCCAGACCUGGCUCAAGGAAGGCACAUCUUGCCUCCGGGCAGAGAUCUUGGCGUGCCCAGUCUCAGAUCCUAAUAGCCUCUUCCCUGAGGCCUCUGCAAUGGCAUCCUCUGACCCUCUGGAUUUUCGGCAUCAUGAUUAUAAGGCCAUGAGGAAGCUGAUGAAGCAGGUGAACGAGCAGUGCCCCAAUAUCACCCGCAUCUACAACAUUGGCAAGAGCCACCAGGGCCUGAAGCUGUAUGUGAUGGAAAUGUCGGACCACCCCGGGGAGCAUGAGCUGGGUGAGCCUGAGGUGCGCUAUGUGGCAGGCAUGCAUGGGAACGAGGUCCUGGGGAGAGAAUUGCUUUUGCUGCUGAUGCAGUUCUUGUGCCGUGAGUACCUGCGAGGGGACCCACGGGUGACCCGGCUGCUCACAGAGAUGCGCCUUCAUCUUCUGCCUUCCAUGAACCCUGAUGGCCAUGAGAUCGCCUACCGCCGGGGCUCAGAGCUAGUGGGCUGGGCAGAGGGCCGCUGGAACUACCAGGGCAUUGACCUUAACCACAAUUUUGCUGACCUCAAUACACCUCUGUGGACUGCGGAGGAUGAUGGAUUGGUACCCCACACUGUCUCCAACCAUCACCUGCCAAUGCCUACUUACUACACCCUGCCCAAUGCCACUGUGGCCCCUGAAACAUGGGCAGUGAUUGAGUGGAUGCAGCGGAUCCCCUUUGUGCUGAGUGCCAACCUCCAUGGUGGUGAGCUCGUGGUGUCUUACCCAUUUGACAUGACUCGGACUCCCUGGGCUGCCCGUGAACUCACUCCCACUGCUGAUGAUGCUGUGUUUCGCUGGCUCAGCACCGUCUAUGCUGGCACGAAUCGGGCCAUGCAGGAGCCGGACCGCCGCCCAUGCCACAACCAAGACUUCUCCUUGAAUGGCAAUGUCAUCAACGGGGCUGACUGGCACACUGUCCCUGGGAGCAUGAAUGACUUCAGCUACCUCUAUACCAACUGCUUUGAGGUCACUGUAGAACUAUCCUGUGACAAGUUCCCACAUGAAAGUGAGCUGGCCCAGGAAUGGGAGAACAACAAAGAUGCUCUGCUCACCUACCUGGAACAGGUGCGCAUGGGCAUUACGGGAGUUGUGCGGGACAAGGACACAGAGCUUGGGAUCGCUGAUGCUGUCAUUGCCGUGGAAGGGAUUAACCAUGAUGUAACAACAGCAUGGGGCGGGGAUUACUGGAGGCUGCUGACUCCAGGGGACUAUGAGGUGACCGCCAGUGCCGAGGGCUACCAUUCAGUGACACGGAACUGUCGAGUUACCUUUGAAGAGGGGCCUGUCCCCUGCAAUUUCCGCCUCACCAAGACACCCAAACAGAGACUGCGAGAGCUGCUGGCAGCAGGGGCCAAGGUGCCCCCCGACCUUCGGAGGCGACUGGAGCAGUUGAGGAAACAGAGGAAUUAGAACAGAAGAAUUCUCUGGCUAGAAGCCCUAAAGCCUUGGGCAGGCUGGACCUGUCCAGAACUAAGGGAGAGGGUAGAGAAUGGGGAGGGAGGGUUAAAGGGUAGGGGAGAGGGGGUCAAGCUCAUUAAAGCUACCUGGCACCUCAGC